GCGGCCGAGCUUGCUGGAGCGUGCCCGGGCGCGGUUCUCGGCGCCAUUGGACUUCGAGGAUCCAGGGCCGGCUACGCCCCAAUCGUUGGCGAAGGAUGGCGUCACCAUCCUCGCAGAGAGCGAGUGGAGUCCCCCGCGGCUUCACUGCAGUGAGGUGAAGCCUGGCCAGCCUCUUGCAUGGACCUCGCUCCCAGGCCUCGCGAUGGCUGCCAGUCGCAUCGAGGGCUUCCGUGGUUUCUGGGCCUUGCGAUUUCCGGGCACCCGGAAGCUGGAGUUCCUUCUAAACGAUGGUUACAACAACUGGCAGAAGAACGGUGGUGCGAACUUUGUGGCUGACGGGCCUGGGCUUUUUCUGCUGCGCGACGGCAAACUUCGGCGCUGGGCCGAAGGAACGGCGGCAACGACUGCGCCCGAGGCACCUCAGCUUACUGGUGACGCAUUGGAGAUGGCCAAGGAGGGGGGCAUCGUGUUCCUGUUCCAGAGCCGCUGGGCCAAGCCGCGUCUGCACUACCGCCCCAGUGAGGCUGAGCCUUGGACCAGCCCUCCUGGCGAGGCGAUGGAGCCCAGCGGACUUGACGGGUUUCCGCACCGCGACGGCUGGUGGGCGCUCCGCCUGCCGACUGCUCAGGCUCUGGAGUGCGUGCCCAACGAUGGAGGAUCUCAGUGGCACAAGGUGCGCGGCGGGAACUGUCACAUACCCGGUCCCGGUGCCUGGACGCUGAUGGGAGAAAGCCUACAGAAGCUCGGGCAGGCGGAAAGCGGCGGGAAGCCUCCCGCGGCCGCGGUGGCGGUGGCGGAGGUCUCGGACUCCUCUGCACCGCCGGUGGCUCUGGAGUCAGCCUCCGAAGGGCUGAGGCUGUUGGAGAUGUUGGAGGGCAAGAAUGUCGUGCUGCUCUACCGCAGUGCCUGGGCCAGCCCACACCUUCAUUGCAGGGAGCUGACGGAUCAGGGCACGGCCGGUACCUGGUCCCAGCUGCCCGGCCUCCCCUUCGCAGCGUCGGCAGCCGCCGAGGACUUGGAAGGUGCAGGGGAACUUUUCGUGGCCCGGCUGCCUGCCAAGGUUCGAGGCCUGGAGUUCGUGCUGAAUGACGGCGGGCCCCACUACCGCUGGGACAAGGCGGCCGGCGGCGGGAACUUCCGGAUUCCGCCAAAGUCCGAGGGCGUCUGGUUGGUGAGCGGCGGCCGCCUGGAAAAGCUCCAGCCGCCGCCCUCACCCUCCGACGCACCCGCGGUGACGGCGGUGACCCGAACUUCCGUCGCACUCUCCUGGCGACCGGCGGCCUCCAGCGUGAAAGGCUACCGGCUCUUCCGGAACGGCAAGCAGGUGGCAUCCCUGGCCUCGGCGGUUCUGCAGUUUACCGAUUCUGGCCUCCUGGCGGCCCACGAGUAUACCUACGCCCUUGCAGCGGUGAGCACGCAAGGGGCUCUGGGCAGUGCGAGCCCCACCGCUUCUGCCACGACGGAAGCGGCAG